CUUGAUAAUGUACUCUAGAAAUGAACAAGGAACAAGGAAAUCCCAACAGGAGAGUGGAGAAGCAAGCUAAACGUGGUGAUCCGAAUAAAGUAAUUACUGUAAAUGUGGCUGUACAGUGUCGGACCAGAAAUAUAACAAGACCAGUAACCCCGAGAAAGUUCAUCAUGUCACGUCGGCUACAUGCUCGCAGGCUCGAUUGUGCGGGCAAUUACUCCAUAUGGGUGGAAUUAGCUCAGCUGGCUGCUGAAUACAAAGCUGUAAACCUUGGUCGGGGCUUUCCUGAUUUUUCCCCACCCAGCUUUAUUCAGGAAGCCUUCUGUCAAGCUGUGAGCGGGGAAUGUUCGCUUCAUCAGUACACUCGUCCAUUUGGCCAUCCACCCCUGGUGAAAAUUCUUGCAAAGUUCUUUGGAAGGAUUGUGGGCCAGGAGAUUGACCCAUUUGAGGACAUCCUGGUCACUGUGGGUGCUUAUCAAGCUCUGUUCUGCACAUUUCAGGCAUUGGUGGAUGAGGGAGAUGAGGUGAUAAUUAUUGAACCGUUCUUUGUCUGCUACCAGCCAAUGGUUAAAAUGGCUGGUGGGAAAGCUGUCUACGUGCCUUUAAGACAGAACAAAGAGACAGGAAAGGCCGUGUCCAGUGCAGAUUGGGUUUUAUCUCCUAAGGAGCUGGCAAGUAAAUUCACAGAACGCACAAAAGCCAUUGUCCUGAACACUCCCAACAACCCCCUGGGAAAGGUGUACAAGCUGGAGGAGCUACAGAUGAUUGCUGACUUGUGUGUUAAACAUGAUGUGGUGUGCAUCAGUGAUGAGGUGUAUGAGUGGCUCACCUACGAUGGUGCAACGCAUAUGAAAAUAGCCAGCCUUCCAGGAAUGUGGGAAAGAACAGUUACCAUUGGAAGUGCAGGGAAGAGUUUCAGUGCCACAGGAUGGAAGGUGGGCUGGGCAAUGGGUUCUGGGCGCAUUUUAAAGCACCUGAAAACCAUCCAUCUGAAUACUGUCGACUGUUGUGCCACUGCAGCUCAGGAGGCGGUUGCUCAUGGAUUCCAGAGGGAGUUUGAGUGUUUUGGGAAACCAGAGAGCUACUUUGUCCAGCUGCCUGAAAGGAUUCAUCACAAGCGUCAGAAACUGGCCCAGGGUCUGGUGGAUGUGGGCCUACAGCCCAUCAUGCCAGAGGGAGGAUACUUCAUGAUAGCUGACAUUUCAUCUCUGAAUGUGGACUUUCAUGAUUCAAGCACAAAAGAUGAACCUCGUGAUUGCAGAUUUGCCAAGUGGCUCAUCAAGAAUAAGGGUUUGGCCACAAUACCAGUCUCAGAAUUUUACAGUCUGGAACACUGCAAAGACUUUGAAAAUUACAUCAGGUUCUGCUUUGUCAAGGAAGACUCCACAAUAAAUGCUGCUGAGGAAAUCCUGAAGGAGUGGAGCAAGCAACAAAGAAAAAAGUAGAAACAAACCUUCAGCAACCGAGCCACAAUGCUUCAUAUCCAAUGGCUUUAGGCAGUUCCCCAUCUUGGAUAUCAGAUUUGCCUUUUUUUGUGUGUUGACUCUUAUCUAUUCUAAUACUAAUACCUGCAUUCAAUAUUCAGACCCCUUGAAGGUAAUAAAUAUUUUCUGGAUAACAAAUGAUACACAUUUUCUAAUGUAAACUCAUCCUCUAACUGCAAGCCUGAAGCCACACGGCAUCUAAGACUGGUUCCUUUCACAGGCCGUUGUCCCUUCUGUACAGCAAAUGCGGAAUAUGGCAUGGACGCGCUCACUCCAAUCCCUUACUUUUCUCAUUUUCUUGCGCCGAGCUCCACCCAUCGGGAGGUGAGGAAAAGAUUAAAGAAAAAUAAGUAAAGAGAAAACUAAUUUGGCAAAUGGUAUGCUCUUGCUUCUAAGUGAUUGGAAUGAGUCCUCGGUCUCUGUCCUGUGUUUGGUGGUGGUUCCAACUACAACGGCAAUCACAGAAUUUAAACAAGGGUUAAUUUGUGUUAAUUACAUGCUUUUCGUCUGUUGAGGGAUUAUAACCCUCUCAUGAUAUUAUGUCACAAACAGCUAUGCAUACGAUGAAUGAUAAAGUUCACAUUGCGCUAUAUUGCCUACAGUUAUAAGUGUCAUGAGGUCAGCAGUUCCUGCCUUCCCGGUGUCUGUGUUUUUGUUUCCCCUCCCUCUUGGGUUGUGUGUGGGUGUGUCUCCCUCUGUCUGUGUGUAUGUGAACCUACACUACUGGGUGCAGGUGUGGCACAUGCUGGCUUCAGGAGUCUCUGCCCCCAUACACACCAGUCUUGGAUUUCCUCAUCAGCUCCAGCAUAAGAGGGUUACUCAGAAGCUCCUUCCUCGCCAGAUCGUCUGUGUACAAGCGAUGAACUCUCCUGCUUCAUACCAGCUAAGAAAUAUUUUGGCAGUAACUUCUACUCAGCUGUAUCUGUUUUUACCCCCCAGCUUCCUUUUUUUUCCAGUCAGCCAUAGCCUUAUUUUGAGUUUGGACUUUAACUAGUGUUUUUUCUCGCUAGUGUAGGGAAAAUUCACAGAGCAGGAGACCCCCCCCCCCAAAAAAGUACAAAUCAAAAUCAGACUCUGCCCUAAUGAACAAGCUGGUUCCUUCAACGCUCUCGAAAAUGUAUGCUAAGAGUGUAUCAAUAUAUAUGUAUGCACAACAUAUAAUCAAUAUAUCAUAUGUAUGCUGUUUUUAUUAAAUUGAAUGAACCUAGAACCUUUUUAUAACCAAGCUUAUGAAAACGCAAGAAACCACAGUGUACACUGUCGAAAAGAGAGCAAAGACUGCAAGAUUAAAGAAUUACGUUUUGUCACUUAGAAGAAAGUAGUGAUUAGAUGUGUAGUAAUAUAUAUUCCAUGAUUUCUUUGAUGAUUAAUGUAUAUCUUCUAUGAUGUCACUGCUGUUCAGUUUAUCUAUACUCUCUAUGACUUACUUUUAUUUUUCAUUGAUGUCUAUCAUAUAAUUUCUAUGAUUUUGAUUUGACUGGUGCUCAGUACAUCUGUAUACUCUUUAUGACUUUUUACUGAUGAAUAUUGUUGUUAGAAAUGCAUAGGUGAUCCACAUGUAAUCCAAAGUUAAGUGAAAUGAUUAAUAUGAGGUGGAAAUCACCAAAACUGAUCUAUAGGUCGUAGAAAGUUCUGGAAAACACUAUAUAGUGAAUAGCACCGUGUUUCAUAUGUUUUUCAUGUUAAAGAUUUAAGUUUAUUAGAAGACACAGCCUAUAGCACAAGAUGUAUGUAAAAAGAUCUUUCUUUGUUUUGGGAAUCAAGGGGAAAAUUUGCCACAAUGGUUUCAGGACUGAAAAGUAAAUAUCUGCAACAUAGCCAAGUCAUAUGAUGGUUUUUAAGAAAGCUAUUGGUUGUACUGAGAUAAGGAUUGUGCCUAAAAAGAGUUUUGUCUAUUAUUCAAGGUUGGAAAUCUGAGGAUUUGAACUAGCUAUUGUGCACGUGUGCUACAAUGAAGUCAUUUUCUGCAGA